AUGAGCAAGUUCCACAAAGCUCCAUGCGGUCGAACCCAGGUUUCCCUUCUUGUCCCGUCCCUGGGAGAUCUACAGCCCACGUGUCUCCACAUCUCCGCUUUGACAACCUAUGGAACUAUUGGACUCCACUCUGAUGGGGUUCAUGAGCUGAUAGCCCUGCGCUACGGUGCCCUGAGCCAGAUCGGACCUGACGACUAUGAUGAUCGACUCCCGACCAUGAACGCCACCUGCCCAUGA